CUGAAAGUGUGACAAAUCAUUCUGCAGAAAUAAAGGAUUUCUUCAAGCACAAGAUGUCUUCUGACUUUAACACAAUUGAACUGGCAUGUCUUGGCCGACCUUUUCAGUUGGGAAUGCUGUACGACUGCCGAAGAGAUGUCCUCAUUCCAGGAAUAACUCUUUGGGAUGCAGAGAUGUUACAGAAGAAUAUUAAUGUACGGCCACAGCCAAACACAGACUUUAAAAUCAUUGCCUCAGAUUCAAGUGAAGACAAAAAACAAGCUCUGAAUGUUUCUGCGUCUCUUGAAGCCAGCUUUCUGUGUGGAUUAGUCAGUGUGAAAGGGUCGGCUGACUUUUAUAAAGACAAGAAGACAUCCAGACACCAGUCUCGAGUUUCUUUACAGUAUCGAACAACCUCACGUUUUGAGCAGCUUACCAUGGAGCAUCUUGGAGCGGGAAACUUUAAGCACUGCAAUGUAUUUGAGGAGGGAUCUGCCACACAUGUUGUUACAGCUUUGUUGUAUGGAGCUCAAGCAUUCUUUAUUUUUGACCGUGAGGUUUCAUCUGAUGAACACUAUCAAGACAUACAAGGUGACCUCCAAGCGUCAAUCAAAAAGAUACCUUUAAUAUCAGUUGAGGGUCAGGCAUCUUUAAAAAUAAGUGAGUCAGAACAAAAGAAAACAAACAAGUUCAGCUGCACGUUUCAUGGAGAUUUUGCAAUAGAUAACAAUCCGGUUACCUAUUUAGAUGCAAUCAAGGUUUACUCAGAGCUCCCGAAACUGUUGGGGGAAAAUGAAGAAAAAGCUGUGCCCAUGACCGCAUGGCUUUAUCCUCUGAAGAAACUUGAUUCUGCAGCCGCUCAGUUAGUCAGAGAGAUAAGUGUUGGUCUUGUACGAUGUGCCCAACGCAUCAUAGAUGAACUGGACGAUUGUAACAUACAAUGUCAAGACCUGAUGAAGGAGAACAUUGCCAUUCAAUUCCCUGAAAUCAAGUCCAAGCUCGGAAAAUUUAAAGACCUCUGUUCAGAGUACAAACUUGUUUUUCAAAAACGUCUAUGCAAGCUUCUUCCAUCUAUAAGAGGUGGGGGGAAUGAAGAACAGGAUCUUGUGGAUGUUCUAAACAGCAAAGAAAGAUCUCCAUUUCAAAGUGCUCUGAUAGCAGAGUAUCUUAAAGACAGAGAGCGUGAGAUUAAUGUUGUCAGAUCUUACCAAGAGAUUAUGAAUGAAGUCCCUGUCUUUUCAUCCAGCAAUGAAUUGGACAAGGUUGUCUUGAACGCAACCAAUGAUUAUGUAAUAGUUUUUUCACUCUCCUCCCUGAAUGAAAUGGAAACAUACCUUACAGACUUGGAGAAUUACCUUAAGAAACCUUCAUGUAACAAGGGGGACCCAUUAAGUUAUGAACCAGGUUCGUCAAUGAAGGUUGAAAAAUGGUUUUCCUCUGGAGAUGUAACUGCACUGACAAGAAAGAACAUACAGGCCUUUCUAGAUUUCAAACAAGCAAAUAACAAACGAAGAAAUAUUGAAUUCGGCAUUGCAUCAAUCCCAGACAAGCUCAGCACUGCCUCCUCAAUUCAUGUUUAUGAAAGGGGAAGGCUUGUGAGCUCCCAGUAUGAGCUUCCUUCAAAACCUCCAACACCGAUCAUCUUGAGUGUUGAGCAUAAUCGCAUACAUCUGCAAAUCACACCUCCUGAACAUGGUGCUGGUUGUGUGGACUCAUACUGUAUUUCAUACCAGUCAAAGCAAAACUCUGAAUGGACAGAGAUGUACACUGAUGGGAUUUCUGACCAGGUCACAGUCAAGGACUUAGAACCACAUAAAGAAUAUCGUUUCAGCUGCAAGGCUGUGUGUCGUCCUGGGCAAAGUCUUCCCAGCGAUGCAACAUCAUUCCUUAAGACCCGUCCAUGUGCUCCUCCUGGCACACCCAUAAUAAAAAGAGUGGAAGCUGAAACUGUGACUGUAGCCUGGGAAGUUCCUACAUCUGUUGGUGAAGACAUCCUGGUCACUGAAUAUGUGUUGGAAUUUAGAGAAUUCAAGAAAGAUCAGAAAAAUGAAAUGCCAUGGAUGUCAGUGAAAUCUACCUACAGGGAGUAUACUCUUCAACGACUGAAAGAAAACACAGAUUACACAAUUAAAGUUCUCGCAAACUGUGGUGGUGAUGGAAUAAGUCUUCCUAGCCCUGAAUCUGUGUUUUCUACCAGUUCUGAAUGUAACUUGUCAGGCAAAGAUGGAAGCGAGUUAUUCCUAAAGCAGUCUGCUCGUAUCCACAAAGGGAAUCCUUCAAUUUAUGCACUGACACUUCACAAAAAAAUUGGUGAAAAUGUAAAUUUUAAUCAGUAUGUUUUUGGAAAAAAGGUAGAAGAUGUGAAAAACAAAGUCAUUCUUCUUUUGGGAUCGACAGGUGCAGGAAAAACCACGCUGCUCAAUGUCAUGAUCAAUUACAUUCUGGGGGUAAAGUGGCAGGAUGCGUAUCGCUUCAAACUGAUCAAUGAAGUGACCAAUCGCACACAGGCUGAAAGUCAGACAUCUGAGAUCUCAUCUUAUGAGCUGUACAAUCAGGCUGGCUUUCAAAUUCCCUAUUCUCUCACAAUCGUUGACACGCCGGGAUUUGGGGAUACAAGAGGAAUUGCACAUGAUAAACUGAUAAUGGAGCAGAUGAAAAGCUUUCUUUGUAACCCUUUGGGAAUCGAUCAUAUUGAUGCUGUCUGUUUUGUUGUCCAGGCCUCUCUUGCCCGUCUUAGUGCCAACCAAAGGUACAUAUUUGAUUCCAUUUUGUCCAUUUUUGGCAAGGACAUUGCUCAGAAUAUAAUGAUACUGGUGACGUUCGCAGAUGGUAAAGACAUUCCGGUCCUGGAAGCCAUCAAAGCCGCUGAUCUGCCCUGUCAGAAAAAUAAAAAGGGACAACCAACUCACUUCAAGUUCAACAACUCGUCUGUGUUUACAAACAAAAAAGCAGAAGAACUGACAGCGUCCGACAAUGAUUCAGAUGACUCCGAGGAAGGUGGUGAUGAUCAAAAAUAUAGCGAAAUGGUCUGGACAUCAACCUUCAAACAGAUGAGAGGUUUUUUUAAGGCACUGGGGGCCAUUGAAAGUAAAGAUCUGACAAUGACUAUAAAGGUCUUGGAGGAACGAGCACGUCUUGAGAAUGCAAUGGCAAGUCUGACCCCUCAAAUAACUGCUGGCCUCUCUAAACUGAGUGAGAUCAAGAAACUCAAGCAAUGUUUGAAAAAUGAAAGUGAGAACAUGGAACAAAGUGAGAAUUUCGAGCAAGAAGUGGAUGUGAUGCAUGCCGUCAGAACUCUUGUAAACUGUUUUACCAUGAACUGCAACGCCUGCUUCUUCACGUGUCACUCCAGCUGCUACCUUCCUCAAGAAGAUUCUGUGAAUACUUGUGCUGUGAUGGGCGAUGAUGGCAACUGUGUUAUGUGUCCUGACAACUGCCAUUACACAAAACAUGUACGGGAAAAAGUCAUGUGGUCGUACGAAACAAAAACAGAGAAAAAAACUAUAAAUGAGCUGAAGGAGAACUUCAUGAAGGCAAAAGGGAAAUUUAUGGAUUCCAAACAAAUGCUUGAUGCGCUUGAAGAUGAAUUCAAAGUAAUUGAAGACAAACUAAUGAAUCUGAUCAAACUGUCCUCCGAUUGUUUAAGAAGACUGGAUGAAAUUGCGCUGAAGCCAAAAUCUCUCUCAACAGCAGAAUACCUUAAAAUCCUGAUCAAAACAGAGGAGGAGGAGAAAAAACCUGGCUUCGAGGACCGAAUCAUUGGGCUUGAGAAAAUGAAACAGGAGGCUCUUAUUGUGGAAAAGAUUGCGAGGGGAGAGAAUCUGCUUGAAAAAGAGCGCUGCAUUAUGAUAGAAAGAAAAAAGAGAAUGGAAACAGUUGCACUGAAAAUGAUGAAAAUGAAAAAUGUUGUUAGUGCUUUACAGUCAAAAAGCAACUAGGAAACACACAAGACAAAAGAAGACUCUGGCCAUGACGAUCAAAAAAUGCUUUAAUCAAAAUAAAGACGAGUUUAAAAAGAAUCCAUGUUGUGCCUCCAUCUUUGAAAUACAUUCGCCAACGAGGGACAUUCCUGAAAUUCAAGCUCCGCCUUUCACUCUUUCAGACUACACUCACGCUGGCCGCUAGCUGAAGCCUCCCGAGGUUGCAUGUGAAGGCGGUAUAAGUCAUUAAGACAGUCUUAUUUCAGAAUAUUAACAAUUAUAAAGCAGACAAUUAUUCUUGGUUAAUUGUAAAUUGAUGUAAUAUGCUUAUGACUUGCAAAUGUAAUGCUCAGUUAAUUUAAAUAAACCAGGCUUGAUUACGUAUGCAGCCUGCAUAUGCGACCUACAUAGACUGAAUCCUUCGGAUUUUACAACAGCCGCACACCGUGAUGAUCCCGCAAUCUAAUGCUUUGAUUUGAGGCAGAUUUGAAAACCUGUUGCAGACCUAUUCUCGAGGACAUUAAAACACGUUGCCAAGAAAGCGAAAGGGGGAUUUUAAACGACAAAGCGACAGGAAAAAUAACAAGACCAAAGUCGAUAUUGGAGUAAUGUUAGUUUUCCAAGAUCAUGAGCCUCAAGGGACACCGAAGUUGCCUGCUUUCUAUCUUCUCCAGAGGUAAUUCAGCAUAUUUGUUUAAAACUAUACAGUAUAUGUUGUAAACUCAAAGUUUUAUAGUUACUUGGCUAACUAUAGCAUGAUUAUGCAUAACACUUGUUAGUGUAAACACGCAUGUGGUUUAAUGUGUUCGUACAGCCAGAUGCCGUCUCUCUGCCCAUUUAUGUAAUCUGAGGUACUGAGAUAAAUGUUUUUCAUCUUUUCUGACCUCUAGCACAAACACACGGUGUACAGCGCUAUUUUUAGCCUUUUUUAGUGUCUUUUGUUUCAUUUUACAAGCGUGUGAAAGUUGCGCAAUCUUUUUUCACCAAUAUCAGAGAAAGCUCUUACAUACAGACUACCGGCACAUCUGGGAACUUGACUGUACAUUUCGUCACUGCCCCUUUUUGGGGGAAAACAAACUAGGCUUCUCAUAAACUUCCAUACAAAAUAGCGGAACAAAGCAACGUAAAUAUCUGUCCACCCUGCCUGCCAUAGAGGGCGAAAGAUACAUUAACACAUUUAAUUUGGUCAAUGUUAGAAUGAAAGGGACAUGUUUUGAUAUUGACCAAAUUAAAUGUGUUAAUGUUUCUUUCGCGCUCAGGGUGGGUGGACAGAUAAUUACUCAAUAUGUUUAAUCUGAAUAAUUUCUUAAGUUAUUUACGCCUGCCAGCUGUAUACGAACAUUGCUUUGUUCUGCUAUUUUGUAUGUAAGUCAAUGGGAAGUCUAGUUUGUUUCCCCCAAAAGUGGGCGUGAACCUGUUUAGAGACAUUCUAUGACGUUGCGCCGGUUGUGCAUAUAUAAAGUUACACGGACAUGUAACAUGUUUACUUAAAACACAAGCAUUGGACUCUGACAUAAUAUUAUUUUGCGUCUAUUUAAACCCGUCAUUACUCCCGCUCAUGUUUAAAUGACAGGAGAGGGACUCGUCCACACACCAUCCCCUCAUUAAUCUGGAGAGAAGCGGUCGAAAAUGGACAAAAAGAGACGGAUUUAAACAGCAAGUGUAAACGUGAUGUGUCUCUCUCGUCCACUUGUGAUCCGAUCGACGAAAACGCAUCAUAAUAUCAAGUGUAACAGCCCCUAGGAUAUUUUUCCUCACGUCGAUGAAAAAGGAGUGUCAAAGCUACGUUUAUGGUUGCUUUUUGUAUGUGAUUUUAAGCGGACAUAUCAUGAAAAUCUGACUUUUUCCAUGUUUAACAUAAAUCUGUGUGCUUUGAUGGAUCACAGGCAAAGGACAUUGCAAAUUGUUCAUAAUUUUUCAUUGCUUUUGCUUUGUACUGGAAGCCAUGUCCACGGCCUGACACGGCCACUGUACAAGUUAAAGCGCGUUCCGAAUGGGGGGGGGGCUAAAAAGUAAUAUUCAGUUGGUUGUCAUAUAGAAUUUCACCGCUAGAUGGGAGUAGAUCUUACACAGUGGAGCUUUAACAAAGUUAAAUCAGCCAAAUGAAACAACGUCCCUGUUCAAAGAUCAAUGGAAAAUAAUAAGGUUUGACUGACAUUUUGAUCGUCAAAACAUUUGAUCUUAUGCCAUGUAAUGUAUGUAUGUCUUUGUAACAAGUUCAAGUUUUAAGAAAGAAUAUAAGAUUUUGUGAAUAUGCAGCAAUGGCCUGACAAGGCAAUUUUCAUUUUAAUUAACUGAUACAAGAUUUUCUCAAAUGUAUUCCUUAAUAAAUGCUUAAUAAAAUCA